GUCACUUGAUCUUCGCCGACAAGCUGGUCACGCAUUUAUUACAUUUAUUAUGUAGUGUGCGUAUUAAAUAAAGAUAGAAAUGUCUCAAAGAGAAAGAAAUCCUAUUUGGCAGUUUUUUGAAAAGAGCACAAAUGAUUUAUCUAAGGCAGUUUGCAAAAUCUGCAAAAAGUCGCUCUCAUUAGGAAGUCAAGAACCCAAAAAACAAACACUAUAUGGAGUGAAGCAGCAUUUAAGUAAGUUCCAUGGCACAGAACACAGACAAGUUUUAAAGCGGCAGUCUGAAUUAGAGAACAUAAAAAAUGAACUAAACAUUAUUGGGAGAAUAUGUAGGUGUUAUCCUAAUCAGUGCUGCCAGUGGUGUAUCAAGUUUAGGGUAAUAUAUUAA